AUGGAGGAGAUAGUUAUCAUUAUAUUCCAGGCUGUGUAUGUGACGGCGACACUUCCGUACAUCUUCCUCUUCAUCCUGCUUAUCCGGGGCCUGACUUUGCCAGGUGGACCAACAGGAGCCCUAUUCUUCCUGACCCCAGUGUUCAGCAAAUUACUGGACAUACAGUGGACAAGAAGUCUGAAAUCUCUACCAGCUGUCGAAUCUUCCGACAUUGAAGCAUGGACGACGAACUGCCGCAUUCCAGCAGCUCUCCACAAGAAAGCUUACAGCAAUUUCGUUGAAUCCUACAUUCACGAUGUUGAAGUGCGGACAGCAUGUGAUGGAAGCUUCAUUAGAGCAAAGUGUUUCAAAUCAAUGAAGAAGAAUGAUUUCCCUCAUACACUGAAUAUUAAGAUUACCCAGCAUGAAGAUUGUGAUGGUAUUACUAUUAGUAACUGUUCAUGUUCAUGUAAGGCUGGAGCAGGUGACUGCAACCACAUACUUGGUUUGUUAUAUCUUCUUCACCAUUACAAUAUGUGUGGAUUCAAGACUGUCCCCUCAAUAAUCAGCAAAACAUCUUUACCUCAAGCCUGGCAUGUUCCAAGAACUAAAGGUAUUAUGCCGAAGAAAAUAAGUGACAUAAAGAUCAAUAAAGUUAAAUUUCCAACAUCAAAACCAGCCAAGGUGAGAAGAAUUCAAGGAGUACAUUCCACAUUUUAUAAUCCUAUCAUGUCACCAUUACCAUGUCAAGAAUUUACUUCAACACUUUCUCAAAAUUUGGAAAAUGUGAACUCAUCAGCUCAAAUUAGAUCAUGUUUAGCAUCUGCAGAGAUACAAAUGGUUGACAGUGAACUUGGUCCAGUUCCUAAGGGAUGUGUUCUGUCAUACCAACGUCCUGUAAAAAUCAACAUGGAAUCUGACAUUUUUUCCAAUCACCCACACAUUAAGGAUGCUCCUACUUUCACAUUGCCAGAUGUAGUAUGUAAUAUAUCAACAGUUUUGACACAUGGUCAGCAAGAUGUUUUUGAUGGAUUGAACAUUUCAAAGGAAGAUUCAGUUGAAAUAGAAGUUGGAACAAGGUCUCAAUCUGACAGUGACAUGUGGCAUGAUUUGCACUCAGAUAGAUUGACAUCUUCAAAUUUCAAACCUGUUUAUUCCAGAAAAGGUGACUAUCACAAACUUGCUGAGAGACUUUGUCCAAAAAAGUGUCAAACGAAGAGGAAAAAUAUUGUGACAGAUGCUAUGAAGUAUGGAAUUGAACAAGAGCAAACCGCAGCAAAGUGUUAUGCUGAAAGGACUAACAAUAAUGUUUUCAAAUGUGGUUUUGUUAUAAAUCCAAGUUGCCCCCAUUUAGGCACAUCACCAGACCGUAGAGUCUAUGAUCCAACAUCCCUUCCAGCAUUUGGUUUGCUUGAAAUAAAAUGUCCAUCAAGUGUUGACUCUAUCACAGAACUGAAGUACUUACAUCUGGUGAAUGGAGUGUACAAACUCAGAUUAUCAGACAAAUAUUACUGUCAAGUCAUGGGACAGAUGGCACUAACUGGUUCUAAGUGGUGUGACUUUUUUGUCAUGUGUAAAAGUGACUUUCAUCUUGAGAGAAUAUAUUUCUCUCAACGGAAGUGGGAAGAUAUCAAAAUAAAAUUAGACAUAUUCUACUUCAAUCAUUACCUGCCACAUCUUUGCAAUUGUAAGUAAUCUUGUGUGUGUGUAUCUACAGAUGACAUGAAUACAGACCAGAGUUGGCAUUUUAUCAAUAAUUUUAUUGUUUACAUGACAUGUAUCUCCUCUCCAUGGGAUUUGAAAUGAUCAAAAUAUAUGACUAUUGAAAACAUUAAAGGAACUGCAGUAUUUAAAAACAAAUGUUUCAAGUUCAUUCAAUGCUGUUCCAUAGGGCUGCAAUGAAUACACUAUGUGGCAAAUAUGAUGCGUAUCAUGAAUAUUGGAUAACAAUUACGAAUUAUUAUUCACGUAAACAAUAUUGCAGAUACAAAUAUGGUGUAGACAGCACUAAGUGCAGUCUAGAUAAAUAUGUGAAAUCGCACCCUGGCCAAUACCAGUGACAGCUUCAAAAUUUCUAUUACAUUUAACUUUAUUGCCAUGUCAAAAAAAGAAAGAAAUUUGAAGCAUGUUGCACAUGAACAAGGAAAUAGGACAUUUCUACACAUUCCGUAAACAUUGUACAUAUAUGAGAGAUCAAUGAUGAUGAAGUUGAAUAUUUGCAUAUGAACAUGUUCAUAU